GUUCUGAUGGGACACAAGACAUCGUGUUUUGGGAUUGUGUUACUGUGUCAAAAUAUGAGCUUGAGGUUUUUGAUGACAAAACAAGAAAUGGUUAGCAAAAUCAAGGGCAACGUAGGAACUUCAUCCUGGUUACAAGGAGGUGCCUCGUCUGGUGUAAUUUCUGGAUUUCGGGUCUGCUUCUCAAAUUUCAGGCCGCUAAAUGCUGAAGCAACCUCAAAAGAAAAUGAGAACGGUAAUUGUGGGUUAUCAAGCUAUUCACAUGGGAAAAUAGUCUACACUGACUAUUCUGUAAUUGGAAUAUGUGGAGACGGUAGAUGUCUAUUCCGCUCUGUGGCUCAUGGUGCAUGUUUACAAUCUGGUAAACCAUCUCCAAGUGAGACACUUGAAAGAGAAUUAGCAGAUGAAUUGCGAGACAGAGUUGUUGAUGAGUUCAUUAGAAGGCGGGGAGAGACUGAAUGGUUUGUUGAAGGCGAUUUUGAUACAUAUAUUUCUCAGAUUAAGAAGCCGCAUGUCUGGGGUGGUGAGCCUGAAUUGUUCAUGUGCUCGCAUGUUCUCCAGAUGCCGAUUACAGUGUACCUAUAUGAUGAAGAAGCUGGCGGUCUGAUAGCCAUUGCAGAGUAUGGCCAAGCGUAUGCAAAGGUGAAUCCAGUAAGAGUACUGUACCAUGGUGGUCAUUAUGAUGCAUUACAGAUCCCCGGGAACAAGGGUUUCACUUCAAGAUUAGAGGAUCUAGACCACAUUGUGUAAAGAAUAUAGGGGUUAUAAAAUGAAAUAUAAGUUGGCAGCGAAAGGUUUCGUUAUUUAUGGCUCCGCAUUUUACUAGCAUCUGUACUUCACUGUUCUUUGCUUGUUUUGAACUUUCCAACCUCCUGCAUCAAUUUCUACCUAUAUGAAUAUAUAUAUGAUUUCAUAGGUUG